AUGGGGCACAUACGUGUACCAAAAGGACCCAAGGGUCGCCCACGCCGAGGUUCAUUUAGUGUCUCUCCCACCAGACCAGAAACCGUCCAUAAAGCGAAUCCAGACAUUCGAAAGUAUGUCCAGAAAACGCUGAAGCUGGACAACAAAGAAAGUUGGCUUUCCUAUCCAGAAAUACCCACAGCACAAGAGAUUAUGGGCCAAACAGGUGCUAUCGAUCUGGAGGAAAACAUGAUUGAUCUUCCCACGAACGAGAUCAACGAACCAUGGGACUCACCAAACGCAUACCUGAGCACUCAUUACGAACUUCUAAGAGAGGACUCAGUAGCUUUACUGCGAGAUGCAGUGGCUCUGGUCCGAGAUGAGCCUACUAUGACCGAUACUCAAGAGGUCUGCAUUUACGAAAAGGUCUAUAUUACUGGAGUAACGCUCUCUCCAAAAGGUGUCGCGACCAAGAUAUCUUUCUCUACUACCCGUGCAGGAAAAAAUAUCGUGUGGGAGUACUCCAGCCGCUUGAUUACAGGAUCCAUGGUGGCACUGUCUCCAUCAGAGGACUGCUUUCAAACUCGAUGUCUCGUUGCGGCCGUAGCGGCACGACCGCUUGAACAGCUAAAGGGUCGACCUCGCCAAAUUGAUAUUUUCUUUGCAGACCCAAGCAAUGCCCCUUUCGAUCCUCAGGAGGAGUGGAUAAUGGUGCAACCUAGGUCCGGGUACUUGGAGGCAAAUCGCCACACGAUGAAGACCUUACAAGUGAUGAAUAACGAAGUCUUCCCAUUCUCAGAACACAUAUGCGACCUAAAACCCGAAAUUGGCUAUCCUGCUUAUGUUGAAGAGAACUCGCAAGUGAAAUUAUUCACCAACGAGUACAUUGACAUUCUUUCUGACUGGCCUUCGGAGCCGCAGAAUAACCUUGAUGAAUCUCAAUGGGAAGCACUACAUCAGAUCUUGACGAAAAGACUGGCAAUAAUACAAGGCCCCCCGGGCACAGGCAAGACUCAUGUAUCAGUGUCUGCAUUACGAGUGUUCAUGUCAAAUUGGAGGCCAAAAGACCCGCCAGUUAUCGUAACCGCCCACACCAACCAUGCUCUUGAUCAGUUACUGAAUCACAUUUCGGAUUUUGUACCAGAUUACAUCCGCCUUGGAGGCAGGAGUCUUGAUGAAAAUGUGAAAAGGCGAACUUUAUUCGAAGUGAGUAAGGGAACAUCAGUACCACGUCUGCAUGGAAGCAUUCUACCCUACGUACGGCAGAAGCUUGAUACUCUAAGGGAGACGAUGGCGGAGCUACUAUGUCCGUUCUCUGGCGAGGAAUUACACGAACCACUUCCAGCUACAUUCUUUCUUCAGCACGGUGUUAUAACAGACAAACAAUAUGAACUGCUCUGUGAUGGGGCCAACCAGUGGACAGGAUCCAGUACUGAGCCAAUGAGCAUCUGGCUUGGAGACGCUUUUUCCAAUCAUCGUGUUAGCUACGAUGAUGAUAGCUUCAAGCAAGAACAGGAUGAAGCGGAUCUUGAGUACGAGCAGCUAAUAGAACUUGGUCAAGAGCAUGACUGCUUGGAUGACGAGCUGGAAGCUCUUAAAGGACUCUUUUUGCCUUUGCGAGAACCAUUUAUUGGACUAGGAGAUUCAGAUGAGGGUGAAGAAAGCGAAACAGACAUCGAGGAUCUGUGGCAGAUACUCCCUGGCAGAAGAGGCAGCGUUUACAAUACGCUCAGGCAACGUGCCAAAACCAAUCUAGUUUCUGUAUUCAGAGAGAAUUUUCUGAAAUAUAAUGCUACGACUACAGAUCGACAGAUUGGCAAAUGGGAGCACGAUUAUGUGGUGCUGAAGGAUGCCAAGCUGAUAGGAAUGACCACUACCGGACUGAGUAAAUACCGUGCUCUGCUGUCAGCCUUAAAACCAAGGAUCAUCAUGAUUGAGGAAGCAGCCGAGACCAUCGAAGCUCCAAUAACUGCGGCGUGUGUCGAGUCACUUGAACAUUUGAUUCUUGUCGGCGACCAUAAACAGCUUCAAGGAAGCUGCUCUAUUAGAGAAUUGGAAGAUGUGCCUUACUACCUUAAUGUGUCAAUGUUCGAACGACUAGUCAAAAAUGGUAUCGACUUCAGGACCUUGACUCUGCAGCGUCGUAUGGUCCCAGCAAUUCGACGUUUGCUCACACCUAUCUAUGACAACAUUCAAGAUCAUGAGACGGUUAACAACCUCGCCAAAGUUCCAGGCAUGGGAGAUCUUAGGUCGUUUUUCUUUAGCCAUUGCUGGAUGGAAAACUCGGAUAGUUUGCUUUCAAAAUACAAUCAAAACGAAGCGCUUAUGAUUGCAACUUUCUUCGUCUAUCUGGUUUUGGCUGGAGUUGAUUCCAGCCAUAUAACUGUGCUCACAUUCUACAACGGCCAGAGGAAGAAAAUCCUUAAACUUUUGAAAAGCAACAAACACCUGCAGGGCAGGCAUCUUAAAGUGUGCACAGUUGAUUCGUAUCAGGGAGAAGAAAACGAGAUUGUAUUGUUGUCUUUAGUACGAAGCAGUGAGCGAAACGGAAUCGGGUUUCUCAAAGUUGAAAAUCGAGUCUGUGUUGCAUUGUCUCGAGCGCGCCGUGGAUUUUACAUGUUUGGUAAUGCUGAGCACCUAGCUGGUGAAAGCCAUCUAUGGAUGAAAGUGGUCAGCAUUAUGAGUGAAGCGGAUGCGGAAACUACUACUAUUGCACGCUACAUUCCAUUGGUUUGCGAAAAGCAUGGCAAUCAAGAGUUUGUGGAGUUGCCUGAAGAAAUGGCCGAGCUGACAGGAGGCUGUAGCAUGCCAUGCACGCAGAUUCUCAACUGUGGGCAUGUCGCUUUCGUGCGGGCAUACAUGUGGGAAUAUAUGUUCAGCGGAGACUUAUCCAUACCACCACCAACUACUACCCAUAAACAAACAAAUCAGGGAACAAAACUCACAGUGGCCUACACGGAAAAGGUACGCCGUGCAGCAUAUCAGCAAUUCGUGAAAGGCAGUGUCAAAGACCACGAUCGUCAACUGGCAGCAACCAUGCAAGCUGAAAGCGCGCAGGAUAUGCUCGCGCGACUUGACGCUGAGGCGGAAGCGAAUUUGUUUGCAGACGAUGAGUUGGGAGAUUUCGAAGUUGGUAUUACCACCGGAGCCUCUGCUACAGGAGCUGUGUUGGAAGCAGAGAGAGAUGCGAGCAGCAACAUCAUCAACAAUACCCCUUGUCGAAGACGCUGGGUAGAUUCCUAUGAUCCAUCAGAAGGAUUGAAGAAGUUGACUGUCAGCCAUAGUGAGAUGAGUUUACUUGACCUGUUAGAUUGA